AUGGACGCCUCCUCCCUCCGCAUCUCCAAGUUUGAUGGAACUAACUUCCACGCCUGGAAGUUCAAGAUGCAGAUGGUGCUGGAGGAACGGGACCUAUGGGAGGUCGUCAGCGGUGAGAUCAAGGCGGAACAGUGCGAGACUCAAUUGGACCAAGCGACGUACAAGAGGAAGUCAAGAAAAGCGAUGGCAGUGAUCUGUCUAGCCAUGGAAGAUUCCCAGCUACCGUUGGUCCGGUCGGCAAGUGGUGCAUGCGACGCAUGGUCAAGGUUGGAAGACCUCUUCGAGAAGAAGAGUCUUGCCAACAAGCUGUUCUUGCGCCGUCGCUUCUUCACGACAAUGAUGGAAGAAGGCGACGAUGUGCUCGAACACAUCAGCAAGCUCAAGACGCUGGCGGAACAGCUAGAAGCGGUGGGGGCUCCAGUCUGCGAGGACGAUCUGGUGAUCACACUCCUCGGCAGCCUGAGUGACUCGUAUCAAUUCUUGAUCACAGCUUUGGAGUCGCGCUCAGACACUCUUAGCUGGGAGCCCGUGACGUCUCGACUGCUUCAUGAAGAAAUGAAGCGGAAGGAGCAAGGAAGUAAAGGUGAUGAAGCUUCGCAAGGUCAAGCGUUCAUCACAAGGGACAAUCAGCGCAAAGGGCGACCAGUGAAGAAGUCCUGA